AUGUGACUAGUGCCCUGCUUCCGCGUUGGCUCCUAAACGUCAUCAAAGCGCGCUGUUCUGCCUUUCUAGCUGUUCGGUUGGGUGGUCAUGGCGCUGCUGGUGCGAGACCCGGCGGCCUCUCGUGUUCGGCCGUUACCACUACCCUCUGGGGGCGGCUCGGUCCGGGAUUUACUCCGCCUUAGCUGCAGGGCGCAGGGAAUUCCUGAGGACUGUGUCUAUGUCAAAUGCAAUGGACGACUGGUUAACCCUGAAGAUGAGCUCCAGGAUGGAGCUGUUUAUAGUUUGGAACCAAGACUCUGUGGUGGAAAAGGAGGUUUUGGAUCAAUGCUCCGAGCACUUGGUGCUCAAAUUGAAAAGACAACAAAUCGAGAAGCUUGCCGAGACCUUAGUGGAAGGAGGCUCCGAGAUGUUAAUCAUGAAAAAGCAAUGGCUGAGUGGGUGAAGCAGCAAGCAGAGCGGGAAGCUGAAAAAGAACAAAGACGCUUGGAAAGGCUGCAGCGUAAACUUGCAGAACCAAAACACUUCUUUGUUAAUUCGGAUUACCAGCAGCAGUGUAAUGAAAUGGCUGAGCGGCUAGAGGAUUCGGUACUUAAAGGGAUGCAGGCCUCCUCUAGUAAGAUGGUGUCUCCAGAGACCAGCGAUAGCCGGAAGCGCCCAAAUGAGUCUGAAAAGAGUGGAGCAAAAUCUGAGAAAAGGAAAUGCUUGUGGAUGGGAUUGGAAGGACUGGAGGAUCCUGAGAGCACAGAUGACAGCGAAGAUAAUUUUCCUAGUACAGCAGAGGGAAGUUGCCACUCAAGCACCAGCCACAUUGAAAAGACUGAAAGCACAGUUGAGUGGCCCAGUAGUUCAGAGGAUUCACUAGGAUGCAGCUCAACCACCAAUACCUCUGAAAAACCACAAGAGCAGGCAGAAGAUGCUGAAAAUGAUCUACCAGAGGAGGUACCCACAGAGGGGCAGGUUGCAGUUCCAGCUGAUGAAAAAAAUGACACAACAGAGACCCUGAAAGAAGGGGAGCAAGAAAAAGUUUCAACUACUCAAGAGGAAAUAAUUCUAUUACAGAGCACGAAGUCUACACCAAUAAAUCUUCUGGCAUUCAACUCUGCCACUGAAAUGGAAGCGCUAGGAUUACAUAAGCUGAAGUUUGAACUGAUGGCUCUGGGCCUGAAAUGCGGAGGCACUUUACAGGAAAGAGCAGCAAGACUUUUCUCUGUGAGAGGUCUGCCUAAAGACCAGAUUGACCCUGCCUUAUUUGCAAAGCCUUCUAAAGGGAAAAAGAAAUAAAUGUUGGGGGUUUUACUUACACACA